CGCAGCUCCGACGUGUCUCGGCCAUGGCGGGAGAGCCGCCCCGCGCCGCCCGGCAGCUCUUCCUGCUCGGCCUGGCCGCCGCCUACGCCGCCGCCUUCGCCUCGCUCUACGCCCAGCUGCCCGGCCUUUACGGGAAGGAUGGCAUCCUACCCGCCCGCAAGAUGCUCCGUGUCACUGGCAAAGGAUUCUGGGAGCAGCUGCGGGAUUCCCCGACCUUGCUGUGGCUCGGACCACGACUGGGGCUGGACACGGAGCAAGGCAUGGAGCUGCUUUGCCUCCUGGGGGUGCUGCUCUCCUUCGGGGCCCUGAUCCUGGAGCCCUUGCGCGACAGCCUCGUCUUCCUGGCUCUUUGGGCCCUCUACCUUUCUCUUUAUCAGGUGGGGCAGGUCUUCCUCUACUUCCAGUGGGACAGCCUCCUGCUGGAGACGGGGUUCCUGGCAGUGCUGGUGGCCCCCUUCCACCUGCUGAAGUGGCGCUCGACGGCCUGGCGGGCACAUGACGGGGUGACCUUCUGGCUGGUGCGCUGGCUGCUCUUCCGCCUCAUGUUUGCCUCGGGGGUGGUCAAGCUGACCAGCCGCUGCCCCACUUGGUGGGGGCUCACAGCCCUGACCUACCACUACGAGACACAGUGCAUUCCUACGCCAGCGGCGUGGUUCGUGCAUCAGUUGCCCGUCUGGCUCCAGAAGCUGAGUGUGGUGGCCACUUACUUGAUCGAGAUAGCCGUCCCGCCCCUCUUCUUCGUGCCAGUCCGUCGCCUCCGACUGUUCGCCUUCUACUGCCAGGUCUUGCUGCAAGUCCUCAUUAUCCUCACAGGCAACUACAACUUCUUCAACCUGCUGACGAUCACCCUGAGCUUCUGCCUGCUGGACGACGAGCACGUGGGGUUCUGGCUGGGCCGCAGCCGGAAGAAAGUGGGAGCUGCCUGGCCCCCUCGUCCCCUGGCCGUCCUGGCUGCGCUGACGGAACUGGGCACGUACAGCUUGCUGGUCUACUGGACCGCCUGUCACUUUGGACUGAGGAUCAACUGGGAGAAGAAGCUCCUUGAAUCUAAGACAGCUUUCACGUACCACGAAUUCAUGCAGUGGCUGAAGAUGGUGACGCUCCCCCUGGUCGGCCUCUGCCUCCUUUCCCUGCUUUGGGAGGUCCUUCUGUCUGCCUACAGGUGUGCCUGUGUCCGAGGCUUUCUCUGGAAACUCUGGGGUACUCUCCAAUGGGCUGUCUUCUCCACUGCAGCCUUGGGCAUGUUUACUGUCAGCCUGGUCCCUUUCACCUACGUAGAAUACGAGUCCAAUGGCAAGCUGUGGCCGAGCGUUCACCAGCUGUUCGGCGCCGUCGAUCGCUACCAGCUGGCCAACUCUUACGGGCUGUUCCGGCGGAUGACGGGGGUGGGCGGCCGGCCGGAGGUGGUGGUCGAAGGCAGCUACGAUAAGGAAACGUGGACGGAGAUCGAGUUCAUGUACAAACCGGGUAACAUCAGCACUGCCCCGCCUGUGGUGGUGCCUCACCAACCCCGGCUCGACUGGCAGAUGUGGUUUGCCGCUCUGGGCCACCAUACACACAGCCCCUGGUUCACCAGUUUUGUCUAUCGCCUCCUGCAGGGCAAGAAGGAAGUGAUCCAUCUGGUACAAGUGGAUGACUCCAAAUACCCUUUCCGCUCCCGGCCUCCUACUUACAUCCGGGCCCAGCUGUACAAAUACUGGUUCACGGCAAGCGCAGAAGGCGGGCCUCUUCCUCAAAAAUGGUGGCGCCGGCAACACGUGGAGGAGUUCUACCCCACCGUCUUCCUGGGCGACAGACAGUUAGAUGCCUUCCUGGCCCAGUAUGGGCUUAAGGACAAGGCCCCCCCGAAGCGGCCAUCGGACUCCUUUCUGCCUACUGCCCUCCGGCUGGUGCGAGGGCACGCCCACCCUUACACCAGCCCUGCCCUGAUCUGGUCCCUCUACCUCACCGCAGCCGUCCUUUGCCUCCUGCGGGGCGUGAGGGGCUGGCUGCCAGGGGGCAGCCUUGCCAGCGGGAAGCAGAAAAGCAACAAGCGGCCGGAAGCGGCAGCCGAUGGCGGCGGCGGAGGGGACCCGGCCGGCAGGGAGAAGAACGGGCAGUUGAAGAAGGAAGCGGCAGAGAAGGCCAAGGGGCUGACGGAGCCCCCCGCCGAUGGGCUUCGGAGCGUCAAGAAGAGGAAGUAGCUGCCGCUGGGCUGCGUCCCCGCUGACUGACUGACUGACUCCCCUCCGGAUGCGGUUUUGGUUUCUGCUGCUCCUGGACUGGCUUUUGUCCUGGGACUCCGAGGGCGACAGCUGCCGCAGCAUGGCACAUGGAAUAACUUGUUUGUGGGUGGGGGUCCUUUUGUCCCCCCCCACCCUCUCUUCUUUUUGCCAGGCCCCCUGCUUUGCAGGCAAGAGGGGAGCUUUGUGGGUGAUGAGCGCCAACUUCAGUCCAAUGUGAAAUUUGCUCACAGCAAGAAACCUGGAGGAAACGCUCACGCUUCUUUUCUUUUUUUUUCCUGUGCACCUUUCCUUGCUAUGUCCUGCAGUGCUGAAUGAGAAGCAUCUGGGGAGGCCAGCCUCCCCCCCCCGCCCGUGGUUGAAAAGGGCGUGGCAGAUCCCCUUUGCCUCCCCGCCCUUCCUCUGCCACCCUCAGGCUGCCAACUCCUCCUCCUCAUCCCCCCCCCGUUUGCUAUUGCCUUGAUCUCUUGUGCCUCUGGGCCUGAAGGAGGGGGCGGGAUUCGUUGCCAUGUUGUGCUGCAGCUGAAGGGGGGCAGGCACUGACCUGGUGGGGCCCAAUCUGGCUCGGCCCCGAGGGAAGCAGAGCUGUACUUCUCGCACCAAGGACCACAAAUUAUAGUUUUCUAAAUAAAGCCUUGACAUUCCA